UAUUUUUACUAUUAUUAAUGAUUUUACCCUUUUCUACCGUUAAAAUUGCAAGGUUUUCUCAAUACCUAAGUUGUUUGGUUGGCCGAUCACACGUGAUUACUAAAUACUCCAUUAAUUGCUUUUUUUGCUUUCGAAAUUGGAUUUGAGUUGCGUGUCGAUUGAAGGAACUGUGUAAUGUUUUUGCUCUGACUGUUUCAGAACUAUCGGUGAUUGAAGAUGAUUGGAGAAUUCGUCAACACUUGCUUAAUAUUGGUACUAGGAUAUGCAUACCCUGCUUUUCAAUGUUUCAAGACUGUAGAGAAAAACAGAGUUGAGAUUCCGGAAUUGCGCUUUUGGUGUCAAUAUUGGAUACUUGUUGCGAUUAUCACAAUUCUUGAGAGGAUUGGGGAUGUAUUUAUUUCAUGGUUUCCAAUGUAUGGAGAGAUGAAAUUGGCACUCUUCAUAUACCUAUGGUAUCCCAAAACUAAGGGAUCAGGAUACAUAUAUGAUAGAUUGCUGCAACCAUAUGUGUCAAGGCACGAAACAGAUAUCGAUAGAAGUUUGAUCGAAUUUAGAGAGAGGGCAUGGAACUUAGCAAUAUACUAUUGGCAUAACUGCACAGAACUUGGCUCCACUAAGAUCCUCCAAUUUCUGCAAUUUGUGUCUUCACGGAGUACUCAGAAUCCAGGGAACCAACAACGGGUUAACACUACUCCCGAGCCCAGCGCGCCACCGCAUUUUAGCCAUGCGCCAAGGUCGGAGAAUGAGACACAUUUGAUUAGGCCUGAGGAUGUGAUUGAUUCUGAUGGAUUUAACUUCAAAGAGAAAUUGGGUUUGGAGAAUGAUGUUUCGACGGCUAAGCACAGACUUAGGCGUUUCAUAGAUGGCAACUAGUCAAGUCAUGUUUUGAAAAUUUAUUCAUUCUUUUAAGAUUUAGAGGUUGUAAAUAAAUAAUUCGAGAUUUGCAUUUCCAUUCAGUGGUGCGAACUAGUACCCAAUUUUUAAUGCACCGAUUGCCCUAGUUAGGAAUCAAGUACUCAAUUUUCAAUGUACCUAAUUGAGUGAAUGUUGGUACUAAUUUAAUCUAUUUAUUGUGAUUGUUUGAUGA